AUGCUCGCUUUUGCCGAGGUAGUAUUGGUAGAUAAACGUAAUAAAAAUACACGCGGGUGUUUUGCAGAAUUGAAAUGUGGAGAAAGAUCGGAAAAUUUAUCGAUUUCUGUUCAAGGUCUACCAGGUUUACGAGGACCAUCAGGAACAACAGGUCCACCUGGACUAAUGGGUCCACAAGGUUUAACAGGUCCUCCUGGUCGUGAUGGUUUUAUUGAACGUCCACCUGCAUUUUAUGCUGAAUUACGACGUUUAUUUGUUACAAAAAAUAGUGAUAGCAUACUUCAACCAUGGACAUUAAGUGAAACAGCAAAUGUACCCGAUGCAUUUUUAUAUUUCUCACAAAACACUGGAAUAUUUACUGUUCCUAUAAGUGGUCUUUAUCAUUUUUUUCUUACAAUAUCUGUUUCAAAAGCUAAGGCAUCGGUUUAUAUUACUCGAAAUGGAGAACGUGUACGAACAGUUUGGAUAGAAUCAGUAGCAACAAUACAAAAUGAAACAGUAGCAUGGGGUUGGGCAAGUGGUUCAAUUGAUUGUCUUUUAUAUGGUCAAACAGGUGAUCAAAUAGCAGUUGUUGCUUCUUAUCGUUCACAUGAAAAUUUCAAUUCUCAAGUGUAUGGUUAUUCAUAUUCAACAUUUUCUGGAUAUAUGUUACAUAAUAUUUAG